AUGAUGAAACGAGGCGUCGGUAUUGCAUCCCUUGCGGCAGUACUAGUUGUAAUUAUUACUACGUCGUCGCCCCGUCCCGUCGAAUCGGCUUAUUAUCGUAGAUGCCAAUGCGAACCUUUCACGGCGGGGUGCGAGCAGUGUGGCGCAGGACAGUGUUGCAGUAACUGGGGCUACUGCGGGUACGCGGCCGGUUACUGCACGGCUUGUGUAUGUGCUGGUGACGAUGGUCGAGCCAUUGUUUGCGAUCCUUGUCAUUGCCUGCUCACUUGUUCUGCGCCUGACGAAAACCAACAGCUUCUGCUGCCGCCAUCAUCAGCUGCUGGUGAUUAUUCCGGUGCGAAACGGAACGGCACCUAUGCUAGUCAUGAUGUGCUUGAUACAAUAAUGUUCAUAGUCGUCGACGCCGCCUACGACCCAAACCUGGAUAAAAUGGUUUCACCGUCGUCCGACGCCGUCGUUGCAAGCCGCCGGCGGCAUGGUGGUCAUCAGUUUGGCUCCGCUGCAGUAUGUGGACCGCCGCCAUCGAAUGUUUCAACUACCCAUAAUAAUAUUGUUGCCGGCCAAUGCCUACUGAAAUUUACUCUGGAUAGGAAGGAAGGCAUGGCUGCAAGGAAGCCUGGGUUGAUUGCUCUGUUCGACGUUGAUGGGACUCUCACUGCUCCAAGAAAGGCUCUAGUUAGAGGUUACUCCAAAGAUGUUGAAGUUUAUGCAACAACUCCGAAAGGCAUGGACUUGUUCAUACAAUUCGUCCCUCUCUUUCACAUGCCAGAUCUUCCAAAUUAUUUUGGAACUAUCCUGCCUCGAAUGUACUUCGUUUCCACCAAGUUGGCUGCGUGCAAAAUUUCUUAUGAUCUUCACUUUGAAUUGCAGGUAGUUACAGUUGGGGUUGUUGGUGGAUCCGAUCUCAGUAAGAUAUCAGAGCAGCUCGGAAAGACAGUCAUCACCGAUUAUGAUUAUGUCUUCUCGGAGAAUGGUCUUGUAGCUCAUAAAGCUGGAAAUCUCAUUGGCACCCAGAGCUUGAAGUCAUUUCUUGGAGAUGGACAGCUCAAGGAGUUCAUAAAUUUCACAUUGCAUUACAUUGCCGACUUGGAUAUCCCCAUAAAACGGCAAGUCCAGGGAACUUUUAUAGAGUUCAGAAGUGGUAUGCUGAAUGUAUCUCCGAUUGGACGAAACUGCAGCCAAGAGGAAAGGGACGACUUUGAAAAAUAUGACAAGGUUCAGAACAUACGCCCAAAGAUGGUGUCGGUGCUGCGUGAGAAAUUCGCUCACCUUAACUUGACAUUUUCCAUAGGAGGGCAAAUAAGCUUUGAUGUUUUCCCCCAAGGCUGGGACAAGACAUACUGCUUGAGAUAUCUUGAUGAGUUUACUGAAAUCCACUUCUUCGGUGACAAAACUUACAAGGGAGGAAACGAUCAUGAAAUAUAUGAAUCAGAACGGACCGUGGGACACACUGUGACCAGUCCUGAUGAUACAAUGGAGAAAUGUCGAGCUCUGUUUCUUGAUGGCCAAUGAUCUUUCGAUCUUAACGAAACUGCUGCCUCUUUGAGUCAUUUGUUGUGCCUUAAAAGUGUACUCUCAUUUUGUAUUCUAAUACAGUAUACAGACCAUAAUAAGGAGGGUCCAGCUUGAGUGGUUGCUGGUGUUGAAAGAAGAUAUUUGGAGAUCAUUUUCUGAGUCAGGAGUGGCGGCAUGUAAGUUGUAAAAUGCAAUUCUCAACCGAUUAUCUGAUUGAGAAACCAUGGGACAAGCUGCAGAUCAUACUUGCUUAUGGUUUCGAAUUUCCGAUAUUCGUUUUUAUUCCUCAUCAAACGAUUCUUCAGGAAAUUCUAGCUAUUCUGAGCAGGAUAGUGGAGAUUGGAGAAUCUCAUUGCUAUUAUCCAAACAAGCCUGAAACAUAUGCUUGUAUUAACUGUAGAUACUGAUUGGGCUAUUGGUUCUAGUACAUAUUCCACAUUCCUCACAAAUGUUUUCCAAUACUCAUUUUGUGGAACUGGAAGGAACAGCCCAGCUACAUUUAUGCUAUGAAGACAAUGGAAAAAUCCAUGAUGCUAGGUUGAAUUACAUUGUGUUGCACGUAUGGUGGUUCCAAGUAGGUCAGAAGAUGUCAUGCAUUUGCCAAAUCGGCUUUCAAGAACCUAUGGUGAGACCAAUCGGUUUACAAGGACUGAUAACAAGUAGUGACACCAUCAUAUAUUUGCAUAGGUACAACCCCUAAUUCAGCUUGAGAAUUCGAAGCGAAAAAGAGAGCAAACUAAGAAGUAAGAACCCGCUGUGUUAAUCAGUAACUGGUCAAGUUAAGGAAGUCUUAGAAUGAAGUUUAUAUCAUUCGUCCACCAGAUUGACCUGCCGCGAACUGGCCUUCGAGCAGGAGCAGCGAAUGAACUUGAAGCUAGGACAAGCUCAACAAUGUUGUAUAUCAUGAUUCCAACACGUGACCUUCAAGGUGAAAGGAAGCUCUAACACGAACUAAUUCAUCCCGUUAUUGAGGGAGUUGUUGGUUUGCUGCUCUGGACCCAGCAACUGUAGCUACCAUUGUAGAGGAGUUUCAAUUCCUUGUAUCUUCGAAUUGGAGAAGAACAACAAGAGACCUUGGGCUGGAACACCGCCCAACGAAGUGAACGUGCUCUAAAGUAAGAGAAGAACUCCAGCUCUCCCCUCGUCAAAUCGCAAGACAAGAUAGCACACUGAGGACCAAUUGAAAAACAAUGGAAGAAGACAAUUUCCGGGUUAUCUGGAUGCAAAGAAGGGAAAAUAAUGGCAUCAACUUCAUAGUUAGACGUUGAUGUCUUUCGUUCAGGGCCAGCCUUCUCACAAUGUUCAAUGUCAGCCAUCUCUCGGUGCAGACACCUUGGAGUUGUCUUCACCACCCCUUCACGUACCAGCCUCCAAGUUUUAGGGUCUUCUUGCAGUUUCCAAACACUCAAAUCAGCCAUGGAACAAUCAGGUGUGCGUUCCUCUUCAAAUAGAAUCACGUGCAGAGCACCUUGCGAUACCGCAAUAUCCCACUUCGGCGUCACAAGAAGUUCACGAGCAUCAAGGUAAGUGGGACGCAUAUCUAGGCGGAAAGGGUUAAUCACAGCAAUCAAAGGAUAAACAUCACCAUCUUCAUCCUCAUACAAAUCCACGAAGAACAACUCCCCGUUGCAGGAAAGUACAUUUUUCAUUUGGAUUAGAUAAUCACCAUCAAGAACAACAGCCUCCUUCGUCCAUUCUCCAGUCUCGGAACAAAACACAUCUAGCUUUAUACGCAAACCACAUUGACAAAUGCAGACCACCCGAAAUCGAUACUCCGAAUAACAAACAGAUGCUUCGCCAUCUCCCAUAUCAAGAUUGUUAGAAACAGCAGGCUCGCAAACUAACCUUGGAACCACUACCGCGCAUCCCGGUGGAAUUUCAGGCGCCAAAGGAAGUGCGACCCAUUGCUUCGUGAACACAUUGCAUACGAAGUACGAUCUGCUGAAUUCCGCAUCGAUGUCCUCUGGGAAUGUAACCCCGCAUAGAAGCAAGUCCUCGAAGGAAUCCAAGACGGAGAAACGCAGUCCGUCGACAUCAGUUGGCACGGGGAGAAUGGUCGGGAUGAUCGAUUGUGGAUCGUUGGAGGGAAGAAGCAGGGGAGGUCGCUGGUGGUGAGAAACGAAACGACGAUUGAAGCUGGGAUCGGAGAUCAAGAAGCUCCACCGCUUGCUGACGGAUUUGCAGCGGCAGGCUGAUCUAGGGUUCGGGAGGCGGAUCAAAAUCUCCAAGAGGAGAUCGUCUCCCAGUUUGCUGAUCAUCGCAGGAAACAGGAAGAUAACGUCCCCGCCGGAGGAGAAAGGGAUGCGGUGGUUAUGCCGGCUGCUCUCUUCCAAACCUCUACUCCCUAAUCGGAAAUCCGCCGGAGAAGCCGAGAGUGCGAACAGAUCGAAACCCCUAAACCACUAAAUCACCUACAGAAAAAUUGUACAGCGGGCGGUUCAUGCUACACAUUCCUC